AUGUCUGCGUAUCCCACACUGACCAACCCUCUUUUGACAUCAUCACCGCCCAACAAUCGACGAAAUGGUGGUGCAGGCACAAACUCGACCAUGCUCAAAGGUCUAUCAUCAGCAUCAUUUCGCAACUUUUUCAGCCGAUCAUUUCAUCAGCUCUCGCAAGCCGGUUCUCAGAUCAGACUUCCUGCAACCAAGCGUAUCGGCCCAUCGAUAUCUUUCAACGAGCAUCAUUACAAAGAUCAUCACAUAAAGAAAUCAUCAAGCAAUAAUCAGCGAUCGUCUUCUUCUACAUCAUCGGAUCCUAUUAUCCAUUACAAUGGCCCCUGUGAUACACUGGAUCAGCUACCAGAUGAAAAAUUGGAAUGGAUCAAACAUGAGCCUGCCACUGCAGAAGCCUUACGACACCCUUUGUUGGAUUGCCCAAAAUCCAUUGUUCUUCGAAAGCCCGUUACGCGUAGCCAAACAUUUCCCCUUGUACAUGAACAUGUCAACAUCGCCACUCCCAAAGCUACAUUUUAUCUACGGGUCAUCCAAUUCGUUCAUCACAAUCUCACCAAACCCUGUAAUUUCCGUUGUUCGGUCCAAGUGGGUCAAAGCAUUUGUACGGGUCAAGUUACAGCGAGCGAGAAAUGCGGCAAACAUAACAUUCAAGCAAACGUUGAUGAAACAUUUCUAUUUGACAUUGAUCAACCAGCGACAGCAGUGUUGAAAGUUUUUACCCAGCCACGAACCGCCCGUAUCAUACGAGGAUUCACGCGGCAUCAGGAAGAGACAUGUAUCGGAAAAGAAGAAUUCGUUGUGCCUGUACAGUCAUGUGAAAAGCAAUUACGUCGAAUCAGCCUACCAGGUACACCAGAAUGCCAAGCACUUGUGAUUUAUGGCACCUAUGUCAGCAGCAGUGCGCAGGUUUUGCUUGACAACAAAUGCAUCUAUUCUGGUUUUAUCACUGUAUAUAUACGAGGACAAUUCACACCGAAAUGGGAACGAUUUUGGGCGGCAUUGCAUGGCACAGCACUUUUUCUUUAUGAUUUUGAAUACAGGGUGAACCGCCCACCUCUUUAUACCAUCCCGCUUUAUUUCUUUGUUCAAGUACUGCACCCUUCCAUGGAUGAUGAUGAACGACAAGUGGACGUUGGCCCUUUGGGUCUUGCUCUUCAAUUUAUCGAACGUGCAUUGAGUAAACGGGAUUUAAGACGACUCGAGGAAACACCCCACUUUGAAUGCCGCAUGUAUGUUUUACCCGACACCAUGGAAGAAUCACGCGAUUGGGAAGCAGCGUUUGCCUAUGUCGCCUCCUUACUAGAUCAAUAUCGUAACAUGGAUCACGACGAUGACGAUGACGACUACGAUAAUGCUUCAACCACGUAUACCGGAAGCUUAAGCUUGGGAGAAACAUCCUCCUCUUACAUGACCAGCUACAGUCAAGAUAUCUAUGAAGCGUACGGGCAUUAUGACGAAGAUGAUUAUUCGGAUGGCACAAUCGAGGAUGAAGAGGAUGAGGAUGGUAAUCCCAUUGUUGUACCCUCAAAAUUCAUGUGGUGA